CUCUCUCCGGUAAUGUUCCACCGGAUACAUACGCCCCUCACCGCCCCUGUUAGACAGGUGGACUGUACGCCUUCAUGCUUUAGCGCUGACUGUUACAAUAAAACAGCUGGGACAAGUCGGUCGGCGCGAGCGCGUCCCCGAUGGACUUCCAGCGUGUGACCUCCGCGAGCACCAGGCGGACCGGGGGAGAGUGGGGAAGUGGAGCGCAAGAGAGGGGCUGCACCGCCACUAUACAACCAAAUGUGUUCACGCGAAUCGCUCGAGCUGCUGUUCACAGAUGGAGUCCUGCAGAAAAACGAAUGAGAUGCAUACAUUUGAAGUUAUCUGGACUACGCUGAUAAUUUUCGUCUGAUAGACUAUUGGCUCCUGGAACUUCCCCCGAGAGCGUUAUGGCUUCAGGCGCCGGUAAGGCUACACAGCCCGCUGGCCAGGGCUCCGCCGUUAACGGGACUGCGGCAGAGUUCCCGAGUAUUGAGCAAGAUACUGAGCAGUACGACUACCAGAUGCACAGCAAAAUGUGCAAGAAGAUCGCCCAGCUUACCAAGGUGAUUUACUCUCUGAACAUGAAGAAUGAGGAGCAGGAGGCCACCCUGCAGGCCCUGAGUUAUGCCCACCAUGAAGAGCUGCACCGGGUGCUGAUGGAGUCAUGUCACGAGGGCGAGGGCUCAGUGCUCAGGGUGCGUCUCCUGGAGCUGCAGGAGUGCCUGGACGAGCAGCAGAGAGUUGGCGCUCAGGUGCAGGCAGACUUCGAGUGCUACCGCCUUCAGGCCGAGGAGCGCGAGCGUGAAGCGGAGGCUGAGCUCAGGAAGGAGUUUGAAGAGAAGCUCCGAGCGGCUGAGGAGGCACUACAGGACGCAAGGGUCCAGAUGAGCACUGCCCAGGAAGAGAGCCUCAGAGUGUGCAAAGAACUGGAGAACAUGGUACAGCAUGUCCAAGAGCUUGACAAUAAAUGUGAGGAGAUGCAGAGAGUGGCUGAAAUGGAAGAGCGACAGAGGAGAGAGGAGCAGAGGCUGAAGGAGGAAGAGGAAAGGAGGAGAGAAGAGGAGCGCCGGAUAGAGGAGCGGGAGGACACGGAGCGAGUGAGGGCCCUCCUCGACCAACUGAAUGCACUGAGACAGGACAGGGAGCGAGCCGAGGAGGACAAGAGGAAAGCUCUGAAGGAGGAGAAGGAACGCUGGGAGCGGAAGAUUCAGGAUCUGAACGAGGACAAGGAGGAGAUGAGGAGGAAGAUGGAGGCAGAGUGGAGGGAGGAGCGCAGGAGGUGGGAGGAGCGGGAGGAGGAGGAGAAGAAAGGGAUGCACAGCGCUCUACGGGAACGGGUGAAGAGGGCAGAGACAGAGGUGGAGAGCCAUUUGGAAAAACUGGAUGAGAGCAAGAGGAACACAGUGAAGUUGCAAGAGAGGAUACAGAACUUGGAGGAGGAGCUGGAGCUGCACCGUAAACGCGUGUCGGAGGCGGAGGGUGUGGUGAAGCGGGCGGAGGAGGAGUUAGCGGUUGCCAAGGAGAGGCUGCUGCUCCAGGAAGACGAGUUACAGAGCAGGGCAGAGGAGCUGUUGAACCGCGGGGGCUGUGAGGUGUGUGUGUGUGCGGAGGUGGAUGAGCUCCGGAGUCAGGUGAGCCGACUGCAGAGUCGCAACCGAGAGCUGGAGUUACAGAGCAGCGGCCGGAACAGCGACCACGCCCGCCAGAUACGACAGCACGCCGAAGCCUUGUCCAGCCUGCGCUCUGAAAUGGUGCGAGCGCAGACGGAGGAGCUGCGCCGCAUACAAAAGCACGCCGACGAUGAAAGGGACAAACUGCAAAAGGAGAUAGAACGUGAACGCCAGGCCCUACAAAAGGAACGUGAGCAGGAGAAGGAUCAGUUUGAGAAAGAACUGAGCAGACUGCGCAGAGAACGUGAGGAAGAUCGGGAGCAACAGCGCAGAGAUAUAGAGGAUCUGAAGGAGCGUCUCAGAAGGGAGAAGGAGGAGGAGAUGGACAGGCAGAGGAAAGAGCUGGAUGUGGAGAGGGUGAGGGUGCGAUCCCAGCUGGACAAAAGUAUGGAGCAGGUGGACGUGGAGAGAGCUGGAGUGCUGCAGAAAUUAGAAGAGGAGAAGAGGAGACUGGCGGAGAAGGCGGAGGAGGACAGGAAGAGACUGAAGGAUCAGGUGAGGAAGGCCAUCGAGGAGGUGAUGAGGAGACACGCUGCAGAACUCAACAGUGUCCAGGAGGCUCUGAGCUCUGAGAAGAAGACCAACCAAGAGGUUUGUGCGCGUUUGGAUGAAGAGAGGAGGAAGAGUGAGGAGCUUUGCAGUGGGCUGGAGAAGGAGUUAGAGGAGGUUAGGAUGAAACUCAAGGACUCAACAACGGAGAUAUGUCGACUAGAGGCAGUGCUUCUCCAGCAGCAGGAGAAGAAAGAGAAAGCUCCAGACGUCCUUCCCACAUGUGGUUCGCGGUGCUCCCACAUGGAAGAAGAGCUCCACCAGACCCGCUCCAAACUGGCCCGGAUCCAGGAGGAGGCGGAGAGACAGAGGGACAGACAGCAACGCGAGAUCACCACCCUGAAGGCAGACAAGCACAGGCUGGAGGAGAAGGUGCUGGAGCAGAGCAGACUCAACACAGAGAGGAGCCUCCUAGAGCAGAGCCAGAGGAUGACUGAGGACCGGAUCAGGGCAGAGUGUGAGGAUCGCCUGAGAGCAGAGUUUAGGAUUGAGAUGAACGCUGCAGUGGCAGAGACUGAGCAGAGAUGGCAAACUCAGGAGCAGGACAUGCAGAGCCACAUCGAGGAGCUGGAGGCACAAGUGAAGGAGCUGCAGGCACAGAUGGAGAAAAAGAAAGCUGGUUCUGGAGACGACUGCCACGUAAACCCUGAGAUUGACAAGCUCCGAAAAGAGGUCCAAGACACCAAGGAGAUAAACAAGAAACUGAGAGAGCUUCUGCAGGAACCUCAGAGCCAAUCGCUGGCUGAGGAGAGACACAAUCACGCCAUGGCACUGCAGGCGCUGGAGAGAAAGGCGAAAGAAGAUGUUUUGUCUGAGAGAAACAGACUACAAACAAUGCACCACUUGGAACUAGAUAAGCAGCGUGCAGAACUGACCCAACAGCACACCGAGUGGAGCAGGCAGAUGACUCAGAGACAUAUGCAGCAAAUAGAGGACCUCCAAGCGCAAUUACAAGCACACACCCAGAUGAUGGCGCUACAACAGGAUCUGAAGCAGCAGAAUCAGUACCAGGUGUUUGAGAGACAGCUGGACGAGAGCCGCUGCGCCGUGCUGGAACUGCAGAGAGAAAAUGCAACGCUUAAGAGGCAACUCAAGGAAAAGACAGCACGAGAGCAGAUUGAGGUGGAGAAGAAGGAGGAGGAGGACAGUGCAACGGAAAUGAACAAAAAGCGCGACGCUCAGCUAGAGGAGGAGGCCCAGCGCCUGAAGGAGGAGGUGGAGAAGCUGCGCGUGGAGAUGGAGAAGCUAGAGGAGUCUCAGAAGCACUGGGAGGAGCGCAAGGACGACGAUCUGAAGGACGAAGAGGUGGACGAGGAGAAGAGGAGAGCGAGGGAGGAGGAGCGGAGGAGGGAGGAGGUGGAGGAGAUCAGGAGAGAGCACAAGAGGGAGCUGCAGAGUCUAGCGUCGGAGUAUAGCAGCGCCCAGUCACACCUGCAGGCGCGCAUUGUGGCCUUAGAGAACGAGCUGCGUGAGCGGGAGGAGCGGUGCAGGGGGAGACAGAGUCGAUGUGAGGAUUUGCAGUUGGGAAGACUUCAGGAGAGACUGACAGAGAGGGACCAGCUCAUUAAACGAUUAGUGGAAGAGAGGCAUCAGCUGCAGCUCCACCCUCCUCCUGUUGCCGGGGACAACAACAGCCCUGGGCAGCGUGACAGCAAGUCCCGCCCUGGAAGUGUCACGCCAACCAUGAGGCGAAAGAACGUGGACUCCCCUCGUGUCACCAGCAUGUCCGGCAGCAGUUACGAGCGAAGCAUCUUCCACUCUUCUUCUUCGUCUUCCACCUCGUCUUCCCAUCACCCGAACUUCUCCUCCACCCUGCCCCACACACAUGCCUCUCACCCCCAGACAGCCACCCACUACUCCACCUCCUCUCUCCCACACAAGCACACCUCCCUGGGCCAGCAUUCCUCCCCCUCGCUCCAGCGCUCCACCAGGUCACGCUCCUCCUGCAUCCCUGCAACCCCAGCACCCACUGCCCCCCUCCCCGUGUGCCCCUCAUCGCAGACGGGCAUCAGAUAUGUGUCCCCUUCAUGCCUCGAUCCACACCUACAAUCAAUCAGGGGUCCGUAUCUGGAGCCUAGAGGGACUGAGGGUCUAAAACAGGAGUGGUAUACCAAAUACUUCUCCUUCUGAGCACAAAUGCACACAAAAGUAGCUGCAAUUUCUAUGUAAUCAUAUGCAGUCCAUUGCUUCUUGUAAACAUCCAUUUGCUUCCUACAUCCAGAUGAAAUUGACUCAAGCACAGACUGAUACGACAUUAACACUUAUGGACUCAUCACCAGCAAGACCAUCUCUGACAUUGCCUCUAAGCUCAACCAAAAAGUGCUUCUCCAACACAUGCCUGACCUCUUAAGUCAUGGGCCUGUCGGAUCUUUGUAUAGUUUGGGAAGUCUUCAUUGUUUUUUUUUUUUUAAAGUUGUCUUCCUUUUUUAAAUGGCUGAUUUCUUCAUACAAUCGCAGGCUAUGUUUUUACUCUUCAUGUACAGACUGUAUUCAUAGCAUAAUCAAUCAAGAUCCUUGUUAUAUGAAACACGCAACCUACCAUACCAAAACAAAGCUUGUUUUGAUGCAAAAUGUAUAAUAAUCUUGAUGUACUAAUAAAUAAAAUAUUUUGUUUUUCUG